AUGGAUCUUGUCGCAGGCGUCCGCAAAGAAGGCAGCCGUGGCGGUCGCGGCGACUUCAAAUGGUCCGACGUAAAAGAUUCCUCGCACCGCGAAAACUACCUCGGCCACUCGGUUAUGGCGCCUGUCGGCCGAUGGCAGCAGAAUAAAGAUUUACAAUGGUAUACGCGUGGCGACGAGGAUCCGGAGGAGAAGGCGAGGCUCGAGCGCGAGGAAAGGCAGAGGGUUAAGGCUGUGGAGGAAGAGGCUAUGGCGCGGGCGCUGGGGCUGCCUUUACCGUCCCAGAAUGCGAACUUUGUGCCGAUGGGUGGAACAUAUGGGGAGGGCGAGGGGAAUAAGAUGGAAAUGCAGGGGCAGGGAGUCAAAGAACGGUCCAAGGAUGGAAGGAAGCGAAGGCUUCAGCGUUCAAGGAGUCCGAGACGGGAUCGAGAGCGAGAGCACAGGGCUGAUAGGGAUCGGGAUCGGGAGCGCAGACAUAGGCAUCGGGAGGACCGCGAUCGAGGUCAUAGAAGCCAUCGAAGUCAUAGACACAGAUCGAGAUCAAGGUCGCGAGAUCGGGAGCCUGACCGAGACCGAGAGCGCGAGCGUGAACACCGCCGGAGACGCUCACGGUCAAGAAGCAGGGAGCGGAGCGAUAGAGACCGAGGCAGUAGACGUCACGGCGAUCGUCCUCGCAGACCAGAUGAUGAUUCUUACAGCGGACGACACUGA